AUGCGAGCAAGGAAGCUACCGAUGUUCGCAGUCUUCGUGGUUUGUGCUGUAUUGUUUCUGCUCUACAUGGAAUCUCCAGAAUCUACUGUCCCUGACAAUAAACCAACGUUCAAACCAAACAUGCCUCUUCCCAGAACCAUUGGUCCCAUCAGUACAAGUAGUAGUAAUAGUAGUAGUGUUGUUGUUUCGGUUCCAAAGGAAGAAAAAGAGGAGCUAGAUCCAUUGGUACCUCCUCCUAAAGCUAGCAAGAGCGAGAGAAUCGAAUGGUUCAGAAGAAAGCUACCGGAGCUUGAGAUACUUAAAUCCACAAGGAAGAGCAAGAGAUUCCAUGGAAGAGUUUUGGAGCUGUACAACAAGAACUGCUCAGCUCAAUUCUUCAUGAUUUGGCUCUCUCCGGCAAACUCCUUUGGACCAAGAGAGAUGUUAGCUCUUGACACUCUCUUCACCACAAACCCUAAUGCUUGCUUGGCGAUUCUCUCAAACUCUCUAGACUCUCCCAAAGGAUACACUACCCUCAAACCAUUGCUUGAUCAAGGCUUCAACCUCGUCGCUCUAACACCAGACAUCCCUUUCCUCGUCAAGAACACUCCUGCGGAAGCUUGGCUUAAGAAGCUCAAGAGUGGUAAAAUGGAUCCUGGCUCUAUCCCUCUCUUCAUGAACCUCUCUGACCUAACGAGACUCGCGGUGCUUUACAAGUACGGAGGAGUCUAUCUAGACACAGACAUCAUCUUCCUCAACGACAUGACACGACUCAGAAACGCAAUCGGAGCACAGAGCAUGGAUCCAGAAACCAAAACAUGGACAAGGCUAAACAACGCAGUGAUGGUCUUUGACGUUUACCAUCCGCUCAUGCGCGAGUUCUUGCGAGAGUAUUCAACAAAUUUCGACGGAUCCAGAUGGGGACACAACAGUCCUUACCUAGUCUCUAGAGUCAUCAAGAGAUUAGGAAGCAAACCUCAGUACAAAGUCAGAAUCUUUCCGCCGGAUGCUUUUUAUCCGGUGAAUUGGCUUAAGAUCUCGAGGCUUUUCAAGAAACCUGCAACCACAGGAGAAGCGAACUGGGUGGAGAAGACAGUGGAGGACAUGAGCAGAGAGAGUUACGUGAUACAUCUGUGGAACAAAGUCACAAGGAAGAUGGAGAUUGAAGAAGGAAGCGUCAUGCACAGACUCAUCUCCACUCACUGCACAGUCUGCGGCAACAUCACAAACUCUCAAUCUGUAUAA